UCUCUUCCCCCUCCCCUUUCUUUCCAUUGUAAUCAAUGGCGACCACUACAACAAGAGUUCCUUCUUCUUCUUCUUCUUCUUCACUUCUCUUCCUUAACAGCAAUCACAGAACAAACCAUUUUAUCUUCUCCUUUAACUCCAAAAAACCAUCUCUUUUCCACCCUUUUCCUCCUCUUUCCUUCUCCCAAUCUCUCUCCUCUUCUCCCCCAUCCAUCACACCGCGCGUUUCCACUGCGCCUCUAGAGUACACGCCACCAGCUCCCGACUCCAACGAUUUCCACCAAGAAAUCUCCCGCCUCAAAACUCUCCGUUUAAAGCUCUCCAAUUCCAAAACCCUCCAGCAGAAACUCAAAGUCCUCGAUUCCGAUGACAAAGUCAGGAACUCUCUGAAAACCCAGGGUUGCAAAAGGUUUUUGAGUUCACUCGGUUUGAGUUUAAACGACUUGUUCCUUGUCAGAUGCUUGGUUGCAGCUGGCCAAGACCAUGUGCUCGACAUGGGUUUCGGUUUCCAAGAGAAUUCACUGAAAAGUCCAGUGAAGACUGCACUCUAUUCGUUGGUCCAAAUGAUCGAGAAAUGGGAUUCAGGCAAUGGUCGAAACGGAAACGGCAGUGUUUUGGUUCAUGAUGAAACUGAAGACUUCAAAAACCUGUUGAAGGUUUUAGGACAAAUCGAGGAGUUCUAUGAUUGCAUUGGUGGAAUUAUAGGAUAUCAGAUAACGGUGCUUGAGCUCCUUGCCCAAAAUUCACUUCAAAUUCAGACAAUGACACAUGAAUCAAUGGAAUGCGAGUUUUUGGAGAUUCAUCCACCUACUGGAUGUGACCUUUCUUCAAACACUGAAUAUGCUUCUCAAGCAGCUUUAUGGGGGGUUGAGGGUUUGCCAGACUUGGGUGAAAUGUAUCCUUUGGGAGGUUCAGCUGAUAGGCUCGGCUUUGUUGAUUCCGAAACCGGUGAAUGUCUUCCGGCUGCGAUGCUUCUGUAUUGUGGGAGGACGUUGUUGGAAGGUCUUAUAAGGGAUCUUCAGGCUAGAGAGUUCUUGUAUUUCAAGCUGUAUGGUAAACAAUGCAUCACUCCGGUUGCGAUCAUGACGAGUUCGGCUAAGAACAACCAUGAGCAUAUUACUUCGCUUUGUGAAAGACUUGGAUGGUUUGGACGAGGCCGGGAGAGUUUCCGACUCUUUGAACAGCCUCUAGUCCCUGCUGUAAAUGCUGAAGAUGGACAAUGGCUGGUCAGAAAACCAUUUGUGCCCGUAUGCAAACCCGGUGGUCACGGCGUAAUAUGGAAACUUGCUUAUGACAAAGGCAUCUUUCAGUGGUUUUAUGAUCACGGAAGGAAAGGUGCUACUGUUCGGCAAGUCAGUAAUGUUGUAGCUGCUACAGAUGUGACCCUCUUGGCAUUGGCGGGGAUUGGUUUACAUCAUGGAAAGAAACUGGGGUUUGCAUCCUGCAAAAGGAACAUUGGAGCUACAGAAGGAAUCAAUGUUCUAAUCGAGAAGAAGAAUCUGGACGGGGAGUGGGCAUAUGGUCUUUCGUGCAUUGAAUACACCGAAUUCGAUAAGUUUGGAAUCACAAAUGGACAUCCUUCACCUAACAGUUUGCAGGCAGAGUUCCCUGCCAAUACCAACAUUCUUUAUGUGGAUUUACCUUCUGCCGAGUUUGUUGGAUCGGCAAGAAGUGAAUGGAGUUUGCCCGGCAUAGUUUUUAAUACAAAGAAGUCCAUUGUAUAUACGGAUUAUUUCGGAAACAGGCACAGUGUCCCUGGUGGCAGGCUGGAGUGCACCAUGCAGAACAUUGCCGAUAAUUUUCUUAGUACAUAUCCAUCUAGAUGUUACAAGGAUGUUGAAGAUAAACUGGAUACCUUUAUUGUUUAUAACGAACGGAGAAGGGUUACGUCCUCUGCUAAGAAGAAAAGAAAACCUUCAGACACAUCGCUUCAGCAGACUCCAGAUGGUUCACUGUUGGAUAUCAUGCGGAAUGCCUAUGAUCUUCUUUGGCAAUGUGAUAUUGAUAUUCCCGAGGUUGAAAGUAAUGAUAAGUACGUAGAGUCUGGACCACCAUUUCUCAUCUUUCUUCAUCCUGCACUCGGACCAGUUUGGGAGGUCACCAGGCAGAAAUUUAAUGGGGGUUCUAUCUCCAAGGGCUCGGAGUUACAAAUCGAAGUAGCAGAGUUCUUAUGGAGAAAUGUUCAGCUCGAGGGGAGCAUGAUUAUUGCAGCUGAAAACAUCAUGGGGUCGACCAAGGUUGACGACAAAGAUGAACCGAUAUUACAACACGGGCACAGGUGUGGAAGAUGCAAGUUACAUAACGUUAAUGUGCUGAAUGAGGGAAUAGACUGGACUUCCCCAGACAAUGUUUAUUGGAAGCAUGAUGUUCGUCGUUUUGAGGCACUUAAGGUCAUAUUACAUGGAAACGCUGAGUUUGAGGCCAACGAUGUUACCAUACAGGGAAAUCAUGUAUUUGAAGUUCCAGAUGGUUACAAAUUGAAGAUUACUUCCGGAAAUCCAGGUUUUGCUGUUCAGUUGGAUCCGAUACCACAGAAUCUGAUGGAUAGUGGAAGCUGGUUCUGGAAAUACAGUAUCAAUGGCACUCACAUUUUUCUUGAAUUGGUCGAGUUGUAAAAAUCAUGGCCCUGCUUUAUGUGAAUCAUUGUUCACGAACGCUGAGCUUCGACCACUUUAGUUCGAAUUGGUUGAACAUAAGUUUAACCUUUCCAAUACUAGGAUGUUUCGUUAUAAUAAAUAUUCGAUUUGUCGAGAAAAUUAUAAAUUCCCGGCCUUA